AUGGACGUUUCACAAGAGGAAACUUUUCUCAACUGUGAAGAGACUCGCAAAGAAUGCGAAUUUUUCAUAAAAUUCUGUAAGACUGAAAACAUGGGGCCCGGUCUCAUGCCCCGUUUCUGGCAAUCUGCAUUGAUGCUGUCCAGGUCUCUAACGGACAGGUUUCUCGGAGCCGAAAUGCAAAGCAGCAAGCCGGCAUGGUGGACUGACGAGCUAGUGCAGCGCCAUCUAAAGACAAUCCACCGGGUAAGGAAUUGUGAGCGAGAGCUUCGAUACUUGGCUCACGACAAGGAGAUCUUCCCCCUUCCCCGCGAAGAUGUUUGUGCAACCGAGUCCAGGGAGCUGCUGGAAGCGGUGCUUGUCGGGGUAAACCAUGACAUGGUAGCAGCGCGAGUUCUAUACUUGUUAAAGGAGAGCAGUGAAGGACGAAGCACGUUUCCGAGCGAUGGCGGCCUACGGUACGGAGGUCGUGACUUCUGGGCCAACCUAACGGGCGGCGAUGAGGUCUUGUUGCCGGAACAGUACCGAUUUCUUCGCUGGGAUCAUAGGAUGGAACCCCUGUCACAAGAAUGGCAGGCAGCUGUGGGGCUGGUAGGCUGGCUCACACAACAGGAGCGCAACCUUGCACGAACGAUCCGCGGAAGCUGUGUUGAAGCCAGCGUGAUUGACACAGACGAUAGGGUGGAGCUCUCCCAGACAUCAAUAGCCUACGAAAUGAUAGGCCCAAAUUGCAAAGACUGUCCCGUCUGCCAGGAGGGACUGGCCAAGGCAGCAGCGGAAGAUGGGGAGGUCCCAAUUAAGACACCCUGUGGCCAUGUCGUAGGUAAGGACUGUCUGCAAGCUUGGGUGAAGCCAUGGGACGGCGAUGAGAAACCGGGCAAUCCGACAUGCCCUAUGUGUCGAGCGCAGUUGCCGUUGCUUGGCUCGCUGCCCUUGAUUAAGCAAUUGGAAUUGCUGCCAAGGGAAGUGCAGCAAAUCGCCCGGGAGUGGGUGGCGUAUGCACGCAGCGACGAGGCGCUGGACAGGGAAGUGGAUACCUUCCUGCUGGAGGCACGGGAGGAGGAAAUAUACGGGUGUUAUGGAGUUGAGUUGGGGGACAUGCUGGCAAGGCUGGAGACGCGGCGGCUGACCUUCAUCCAGUACCAGAAGGCGCUGGAGGAGGUACUCGCAGGCAUGCGGACUGGCUAA